AUGAUGAGUUGUAGCAACAUGAUGAGAAGGCAUUUGGAGUUGCAGGGUCCAAGGCCUAAACCUCUUGUGGUGAGCAAGAAUUCAAGGCAGGCGAUGAAGAAGAAGAAGCAGCAGCAGCAGCCGAUUUCGUCAAAUCCAGUUAUAGUUUAUCUGAUUUCACCAAAGGUUAUUCAUGUGCAGCCUCAAGAGUUUAUGGAUCUCGUGCAACGGCUUACCGGAAAUAAUAAUAAUAAUAAUCAAGCCAUGAAGAAGAUCACUUCAGUGAGAACCAACAGAAGCUCAACAUAG